AUGUCUAAGCUAUCCCUGUCAAACAGGGACCAACGUCCUAAGCGCAGUGGCUUUUCAGGUUUGGCGUGUAUUACAGCGUUAUUGGCUUUGUUAGUGACAGGAUAUUGUUAUGGACGUCAGAUUCCACGGUCGCUCAUUAGCGACAACCCUCUAUUUCAACCCCAAAAUCCGUUAAACUCAGCCAAAGAUCUUCAAAAAUGUGCGAUAAAUAAUCUGCUUGGAACGGGUCUUCAUUUUCUAGACAAAGCUUCUCCCAUUGCUCUCGCCGAUUUCGAAGAGCGUCGGGAUCGCUUGGCGAAUGCUUUGGUGGCCGAUGAUGUAGAUGCUUUCGUCGUCGAACCAGGUUAUACCUUCAAAUACUACGGCAAUGUGAGUCAGCCAGAAUGGGAAGUGUGGGAGCCUGAAGAGCGCCCGGUCUUAAUGAUCAUUUCUCCCCAGUGGGAUGAACUGACAGGAACUGUCACAGCCAACACAACUUUCCUAUGUCCAUCAUUUGAAGCAGAAAGGGCUCGAUUGUUGGGUAUGCCCUUUGAUGGACCCAUUCAAAUUGUUCCCUGGGAGGAACAUUGGAAUCCCUACGCCACCCUACAACAAGCAAAUGUAUUCUCCGGUCUUCAAAGAGUCCCUCAGUUGAUGGUGGACGAAGAAAUGCGCGAUUUCAUCCAACGAGGCCUGGGAAACGCAGGGUUCGACGUGGUGGGCCUCAAAGGCCAAGUCGAAGAAGUGCGACAGAUCAAGAGCGAUACCGAAGUCGAGAUCUUGCGCGCAGUUAACACUGGCACUGUUGAGGCCGUUCGGCAAAUCAGAAAAUGCUUAUACCCGGGGCUUACUGAGAACGAAAUUGCGGUUGCCCUGGACAAUGCCUUGCGGGCCGCCGGAAUGGAGCCUUUCUUCGAUAUUGUGCUGUUUGAUGAAAAUGCGUCCAAUCCUCACGGAGGAACAAACGGAUCUAAAAUUUUGGAGCCAGAGACAUUUGUGCUCAUUGAUGUUGGGGCUCAUCUGUAUGGCUAUUCUUCGGAUAUUUGUCGCACUUUCUUCCCUCCAUUCCUCGAGAAGCCCUCAGAGGGUGAUCAGCUGUCGGCGCGCAUGAAAGAAAAGCUUGAAGUCUGGGAUAUCGUAUUCGAAGCGCAAACCAAGUCUAUUCACCAAAUGAAGGAAAAUGCGACAGCCGCGAGUGUAGAUAUCGCCGCUCGUGAGGUGAUCACCGACGCUGGAUAUGGUAAGACCUUCACACAUCGGGUCGGCCAUGGAAUUGGCAUCAAAGCACAUGAAAGCCCCUAUUUGAAUGAAGGUAACCUGGAAAGCUUACUCAAAACUGGUAUGACAUUCACAUCCGAGCCAGGAAUCUACUUGGUAGAUAAGUUCGGUGUCAGGCACGAGGAUGUUUUUCUGGUCCAAGGUGAUGGGGAGCCCAUGCUUUUGACAGGAACACGCGCUGGUGGUCCAUGGGAUCCAUAA